CACCUCAUCAGCCACCAACGCAUCCACACAGGAGAGAAGCCCUGCAAGUGUCUAGAGUGUGGGAAGAGCUUCAUUUCGCGCUCAGCUCUCGUCAGCCACCAAUGCAUCCACACAGGAGAGAAGCACUUCAAGUGCCUGGAGUGUGGGAAGAGCUUCAGCUCGAGCUCAGACCUCAUCAAGCCCCAACGCAUCCACACAGGAGAGAAGCCCUUCACGUGCCUGGAGAGUGGGAAGAGCUUCAGCUCGAGCUCAGACCUCAUCAAGCACCAACGCAUCCACACAGGAGAGAAGCACUUCAAGUGCCUGGAGUGCGGGAAGAGCUUCACCAGGAGCACGCUCCUCCUGUAUCACAGGUUGAAGCACGCCAAUGAGAAGCACUUUCCCUGCACCAC